ACAGCGAGUUCUUCGGUGGAGCCAGUCUAAGACACUGCGCGAGGCAGAGAGAGAGAGGGGGAGAGAGCGCGCAGACUCCUCCUCAUCUCCGGUGUCAAACUUGACAUCAGCCGCUGAGCCGAGAAUGGUAACUUGCGUCGGAAUCGGAGCCCUCACAUCAGUGGCAUGCUUCAUGGAGUUAUGUACCUCUCUUUGCCCUCUGAACUGCCGUCAUGGAUUGCAAACCCCCCGUGCUUUUUCUUACCCUGUUCUCGUUCAUUUGCCAAGGACAACUGACUAGUCAUCCAUCCAAUGAAGUUAACCUGCUGGAUUCGAAAGCAAGCCAAGGGGAGCUGGGAUGGAUUUCCUACCCGUCGCAUGGGUGGGAAGAGAUAAGCGGAGUGGAUGAGCACUAUACCCCCAUCCGCACCUUCCAGGUGUGCAACGUGAUGGAGUACAGCCAGAACAACUGGCUGAGGACCAACUGGAUUCCACGUCACUCUGCCCAGAAGAUCUACGUGGAGCUCAAGUUCACCCUGAGGGACUGCAACAGCAUCCCAUUGGUCCUGGGCACCUGCAAGGAGACCUUCAACCUCUACUACAUGGAGACUGAGGAGGACCAGGGGCCCAAGUUCCGGGAGCACCAGUUUAACAAGAUCGACACCAUCGCGGCCGACGAGAGCUUCACGCAGAUGGACCUGGGCGACCGCAUCCUCAAGUUGAACACCGAGGUGCGGGAGGUGGGACCCAUCACCCAGAAAGGCUUCUACCUGGCCUUCCAGGACCUGGGGGCCUGCGUGGCCCUGGUGUCUGUACGGGUGUACUUUAAGAAGUGCCCGUUCAUGGUGAGGAACUUAGCCAUGUUUCCUGACACGGUGCCCACGGACUCCCAAUCUCUGGUGGAGGUGCAGGGCUCCUGUGUCAAUAACUCCAAGGAGGAGGACCCGCCCAAAAUGUACUGCAGCACCGAGGGGGAGUGGCUUGUGCCCAUCGGGAAAUGCCUCUGUGACAUUGGCUAUGAAGAGCGAGGGGUGUCCUGCCAAGCCUGCAGACCUGGCUUCUACAAGUCUUCUUCUGGGAACCUGAAAUGCUCAAAGUGCCCCCCCCACAGCUACGCCCACCAGGAGGGGGCCAUUCACUGCGACUGUGAGAAGAACUACUUCCGCUCCGAGGGGGACCCUGCCUCCAUGGCCUGCACCCGUCCACCGUCAGUCCCUCGGAAUGUGAUCUCGGUCAUUAACGAGACGUCGGUCAUCCUGGACUGGACCUGGCCGGCGGACGCGGGUGGCAGGAGAGAUGUGACGUACAACGUGGUGUGCAAGCGGUGCCUGCCAGGCCGGCAGUGCGAGCCCUGCCGGGGGGCGGUCCGCUUCCUGCCCCGCCCCACCGGCCUCGGCAACACCACGGUGACCGUCACCGACCUGCUGGCCCACACCAACUACACCUUUGAGAUUGAGGCGGUGAACGGAGUCUCCGCCCUCGCACCCGCUCACCGCCAGUUUGCUGCCGUCACCAUAACGACAAACCAAGCAGCUCCAUCCCCAGUCACCAUCAUCAAGAAAGACAGGACGUCCCGAAACAGCAUCUCCCUGUCUUGGCUGGAGCCAGAGAGGCCCAAUGGAAUCAUCCUGGACUAUGAAGUCAAGUACUAUGAGAAGCAGGAGCAAGAGACAAGCUACACCAUCCUGAGGUCAAAGGGCACCAAUGUGACGCUUGGCGGCCUGAAGCCAGACACGACCUACCUACUGCAGAUUCGGGCACGGACAGCCGCUGGGUACGGAGCCAGCAGCCGAAAGUUUGAGUUUGAGACCAGCCCUGACUCCUUCUCUAUCUCCAGUGAGAACAGUCAGGUGGUGCUGAUCGCCAUCUCCUCGGCCGUGGCCAUCAUCCUCCUGACCGUGGUGGUGUACAUCAUAGUCAGCAGGUUUUGUGGCUACAGGAAAUCCAAACAUCCAGAUGAGAAAAGGCUCCACUUUGGCAACGGGCACCUGAGGCUGCCAGGAAUCAGGACCUAUGUGGACCCCCACACUUACGAGGACCCCAGUCAGGCUGUCCACGAAUUUGCCAAAGAAUUAGACGCCUCCUGCAUAGCUAUUGACAAGGUGGUCGGUGCAGGUGAGUUUGGGGAGGUGUGCAGCGGUCGCCUGCGGUUGCCAUCAAAGAAGGAGAUCUGCGUGGCCAUUAAGACUCUAAAGGCAGGGUACACAGAGAAGCAGAGGCGGGACUUCCUGAGUGAGGCCAGCAUCAUGGGACAGUUUGACCACCCCAACAUCAUCAGGCUGGAAGGCGUGGUCACUCGCAGUAAACCAGUCAUGAUUGUCACAGAAUACAUGGAGAAUGGAUCCCUUGACAGCUUCCUACGCAAGAACGAUGCCCAGUUUACGGGUAUCCAGCUGGUGGGCAUGCUCCGCGGCAUCGCCUCGGGCAUGAAGUACCUCUCAGACAUGGGCUACGUGCACCGGGACCUGGCCGCCCGCAACAUCCUGGUCAACAGCAACCUGGUGUGCAAGGUCUCCGACUUCGGCCUGUCCCGCGUGCUGGAGGACGACCCCGAGGCCGCCUACACUACACGGGGUGGCAAGAUACCGAUCAGGUGGACAGCACCCGAGGCCAUCGCCUAUCGCAAGUUCACCUCGGCCAGCGACGCCUGGAGCUAUGGCAUUGUGCUGUGGGAGGUCAUGUCAUAUGGAGAGAGGCCUUACUGGGAGAUGUCCAAUCAGGACGUGAUCAAGGCGGUGGAUGAGGGGUACCGGCUGCCGCCCCCCAUGGACUGCCCUGCUGCUCUAUACCAGCUGAUGCUGGACUGCUGGCAGAAGGACAGGAACAACCGGCCCAAAUUCGAGCAGAUUGUCAGCAUCCUGGACAAGCUGAUCCGCAACCCCGGCAGCCUGAAGAUCAUCGCUAACACCGCCUCCAGGCCCGCGAACAUGCUGCUGGACCGAAACAGCACCGAAAUAACCGCCCUCCGCGCCAUGGGCGACUGGCUAGAGAGCGUGCGGACACUACCUUGCAAGGACGUGUUCACUGGUGUGAGCUAUAACUCCUGUGACACCCUGCCCAAGACUUCUGCAGAAAUCUGCCUGACUGAGGUAAGGCCAGCAGCCACUUGCCCCGACUGGGAGCAGGCCAUGGGAAUAACCACACUUUAACCCCUAAAGACCGGACGGGACUUCAAAAAGGUUGGUGUGACGAUCGUAGGACCUCCGAAGAAGAUUGUGAGCAGCAUCAAAGCGCUUGAAACACACGCAAAGAACGGCCCUGUUCCCGUGUGAUUCCACGAGAGACCGUCGCCGCUUUUCGCUAAAACAGACGGGAACUCCAUAUGUGACGAAUAAAGAGGACGCAUUAAAUAAAUGUUAUGGUAUUUUUACACGGCAAAGGGCAACUUCCCUGAAGAGUGACAGUGGCAUCCCUAGCCCCCUCCCCCCCUCCUCCAGGGAUUGUGGGGCUCACUGGCCGGGUUUCCCCAUCUAUGACGAGUUGCCUUAUAACCCAGGGCCACAGAAAUGGAAGAGACAUCUAGCUCUGGGGCGGGGGAACUUUGAGGCCUGGGGAGGUUGGGGGCGGGCUGCCCACUCUCUCACUGGGUGCGCGGCGUGGAUCGCCGUGGAAACCGAGGCCUGCGCACGUGCGUGACGAGACCGGCAAGACAGGAAAACAUAAAUGUCACGAGCAGGCUUGGUCUCGUCCCAGUGGUUACCGCCGUGAGCUCUUAACACGCAGAGCGGGCGCGGCUCACGCCCGUAGUAAUGCUCAGCAGGAAGAAACGGUCCCCUUAGCUGGGAGCUGCACCUGGAGUCGGGGAGAUGAAUUCACUCGGGCCAGCGGCUCGAGCAGACAGCUUUAUCCGCUUCAGGCCCGUUCGGACCCACACCGGGCUGUUUCCUCUGCCGCCGCCCGCGGGUUCGGCCUGGCCUGACUCACGGAAAGCCAAGCACGGUACGACCCAAAAAGUCCACGGGAAGUAAUGAGUCCACGAGACUGCAGAGUCAUCCCCUAAGGUUUGUGACAUAAUGGACUCAGGACACUCAAAGAGUCGGGGACCAGGUCCCCUGUCUCUUACUGCUUUCAGCUUCUGGCCGAGGUUUGCAAAGAUACCACUCAUUCAGCAAUAAUAUCAUGCGGUGUUCUCAUUUGUCUGCCGUUUUGACUUUUAUGUAUUUGACUUUUACAUAUUUACGUAUUACUGCUCCGUGUACCCAGCUCAAGCCUGCAGCUCUGGUGUCUUUCUCAGAAAGUAGCGCUCAUGAAUCCAGAAAAAGACUGUUACAAAGUGUUCCUUUGUAACAGGAGUCAGGCACCGUUUGCAUGGUUUGCUGGAUUACAAAAGCCAAUAAAGCCAGAAUAUUGUUUCUCAUAGAAUGAAAAUAUCACUUUAAAGAAGUCACUGUCAUUCAACUCCAUUGUGAAUGACUGUGUUGAUGCCAGAAAUGUAACUCCUUUGUAUCUGUAUUAAAAACGCUGUAUCUGCAACAAGUUCUUAAAUAUUGCAAGAACUCCAGAGAUUUAAUGCAUCACAAAAUGUCACAGACAUUUCUGUCAGUGGUUUUGACACAACUGCAGUUUACACUUUCCGUGUUCAGCUCAAUACUCGUUUUAUUGAAAUUUUAAAGCACUUUUAACACAGUCUGCAUUUACCAUUGUUCAUGUGUGAUUUCUGAAUGGUACACCAUUCACUGUAACCAACGUAUAUCUUCUGCCCUCAUCCAAGCUACAUCUCCCCCAGUUCAUCUUCACAUCAUCUUUACUUUUCACUUCAGAGCUAGCCAUGGAAGACUAAACAUGGCAGUGCUAAACCAGCUGUCCCCAACCCUUUCUCAGAAGCUCUGUAGAUCUGUGUCCCUCCAGGAUUGUCCAGGAUUGUGCUGUUUGGUAUUUCACUGUCACCUCAGGUGACUCUGAAAUUAUCAUGUGACUUAUGCCAGCCGGGUUAUACCUCACCCUAUGUGUCUUUUAAUUGAAAUUUCCUUUUUUUAUAUGUCUAUAUUGCACAAUUGUCUUAUAUAAAAUAAAUAUAUGAUCAAAUGCCUUGAUCCAUGUGCAUAGAAAAUGGUUUGAAAUUCAAUGAAUUUGCAGUGAAAAAAUGCAAUACAUACAAAACACUUUUUUCCAAGCGGUACAUGAAUUCCAAUAAAUGCAUGCCUUCAUAUAUACAGUGCAUACAGUAUGUAAUUACAUACAGACAUGUAUACAGUACAUUAAUAAAUACAUACUGUACAUGCACACAUGCAUGCAUGCAUACAUUUGACCUGGGACAAAUAUUUGAAAUGGUAACCCUUUAGAUACUGGUAUCAUUUGAAAACAGUCUUACAAAUCCUGGAGAAUUUUCGACAAAUAUGCAAACCAAAAUACAGUCGUCUAAAAUAAUUUUUUCAGAAAUCCACAGGAAUUGUUUGUAUUUCACUAAAUUUACUUGCCCAUGGUCUGGCAUACGUAUAACAUUGGUAUAUAGAUACAUGCACUGUUAAUGUUACUAACACAUUUCGUAUAACACCAUCUGUCAGUAAGUCAUUUGUGAUCUGGUACUGUGCCUUUCUUGAUGGCAGAAAACUGGUUGGCCUGAAAAUGAAAGUCGUGCAAACAAGAUGGAGGCUAAUAAGCAACCCUGACCGGGUAUUUCGGGCGUCCCUUACUUGGGGAUCAAACUCAGGGUGCGCGUUUUUCAUCCAGACAAUAAUGGAGUCAAACCAUGCGAUUGACUAAAGCCUGCUGUAAAUGCAUACAAUAGCUAGGUUUUGUAGGAGUCAGAGACCCGCAUUCUUCAAGACCAAACUCCAAGAGCCGCAUAAUCACUUUACCUGGGAUAUAAAGCCUGUAUUUUGUUUUCUUAUACACGCGCAUUUCUGUCUGGAGGGUGUUUUGAUUCCAUUUUUUGUCCUCUUCUAAAUCUGUGCCACGUCAGGCCGGUCUUGGUGUAGGUAAAGCACCAGCACGUGCUGUCAUCAGCACCAUGGGCCCCUUUGCUCUGCUCAGCUUUUUCACUGAAGAAUGGAUUUUCAAGUCGAUGGAGAAAAAGAGCACCGCCCCCCUGACGGCCAUUUUUCUCCAUGCCAUUGUAGGAACACCCACCCAAAACCCUUUCUCUAACCUUCCCCACCCUGCCCCCUCACCUGUCUGUGAGUGAGUCAGCACCCUUCUCUAUUAGCAUGUGCAUAUGUAUACAUGACAAUAUAAUAAAAGCAAUGGUGAAACUAGAGGUACUCUCAAUUACAUGGCCAUCACUUUGUACAAACGUUUGUAUGUAUGUACAUAUAUAUAUAUGCCAUAUAUAUAUUUGUGCAACAUUUUAAAAAAGAAAAAAAAAAUCUUUGUACUAUUUUUAUUUUGUAUUAUAUUGUUUUUACAUUUUAAAAAAAGCAAUUAUGAUUUACCUAUUUAUUUGUCAAAGGUGAAAAUUUGAAUGUUUUGUUUGUAGCAUACAGUAACUUAUGGCAUGGUUAUGUGACAAGUUUAUCAGUGUUCUGUAUUUACUUUAUAAACAUGAUUUUCAAAGAGCAAUACUGUCGUCAGCCCCUCACAGUCCUUUUUUUAAUAGAUUUGUGUGUGGGUGCACGUUUGUGUGUUCGUACGAGUGUGUAUAUACGUGUCUGCGUGUGUGUCUGUGCUUGCGUGUGCAAAUGUAGAUGGCCUUCUACUAAUGUAAAAUGAUUUGUAGUGGAAACAUUUAUAUUUUUAUAAUAAACUUAAUGAAAAUAUUUUUCAAAGAAUGAA